GCAGAAAUGUCAAAACAGAAUUAUUUCUGUACUACUGCCGACAUUUGGUCUUGCAAAAAUAGAAGCUUUUUGGGUGUAACAGUACAUUGGAUUGAUGACAACUUAGAACGUCGAUCAGCUGCUCUUUCGUGUAGCAGAUUUAAAGGUUUGUGUAUCGAUAGUGCUCUCUAGUUGUAUAAUUCCUAUUUUUUUAAGUGUCCACUCAUUUACCCGGAUUGCUGAAGCAUUAGAUGAAAUUAAUAUUAAGUUUUACUUAAAUUAUAAGAAUAUUGUCAGCACAAUUACUGACAAUGGAAGUAAUUUUGUCAAGGCGUUUAAGGAAUUUGGCUAUGUAACUCCGGAACUUGAUGAUAUGGAUGAUGGUGCUGAAGAUGAUGAAGUUCUCCAGUUCGAAUAUAUAUCCGAAGGCGAUAGGAAUGAUCAGGAUAAUAUUAAUAUAAUUCUUCCUCGUCAUCUUCGAUGUGCUAGUCACACCUUAAACCUCAUAGCAACUACCGACAUGAAAAAUAUUUUACAGAAAAACACUAUAUUACGCAGCAGAAAUAUUCACGCCAUUAAUAAAUGUUCUUUGUUGUGGAAUAAGGCUAACAGGCCAAAAUCAGCUGAAGUUAUAAAAGGGGUGUUGGGACAUGCGCUUUCAACACCUGGAGUUACACGAUGGAAUUCUUUGUAUGACUCUAUAACACAAAUUUUGAAAGAAAAAGAAAAAUUGCCGGUUUUGUUCAAAGAAUUGGAUUUAAAUUCUAGUUUUAAGGAUGCAGAAUUAGCGUACUUAGAGCAAUACGUCAACAUCAUGAAGCCAUUAGCGCAAACAAUAGAUUUAUUGCAGGUGUGUAAUUUAACUUUAAAGGCAUACCUUUAAAGUAUGCCUUUACGAUUUUGCCUUACAAGCGCUUACCUGACCGCAUGGGCGCUUGGUCUACCCUCUCUUUUGUCAUAUGCUAAUAUAUCUUUUGCCGAUAGUACAUUUCGGCGUUAUAAGCAGAUAGCAGAUAAGCAGUAUACAUGAAUUUUAUGAAUGAUAAGUUUAUGAAAUUGCAAUGUUUUUCAUUUUUAUAUUAAAAAUUUCAUCGAAAGUGAAUAAAAAUAUAAUAUGGCAUGUGAAUUAUAGAUUUAAAUACGUUAAAGAUUAUAAUUCACCCAAAGAAACGUUCUGAUAACUUUUUAGUUAUUCAGUAAAUUUAUUUUUGUUAUUCAGUUAUGAUGUUUUAGGGGGAAGAGUGCUGU